UGCUCCACUGCCUCGGCGUCUUUCGCGUCCGUGCUAGCUCUGUCCUGUCCCUCGGCCGCCGCCGCAUUGCUUCGACGGCGGCAUGCGACGGCCUGUCUAUCCUCGUCGUUCGGCCGGCGCGAGACCCUACAAUACUACUUGUCGCCCCCGGGAGACUCUUUGACGCGGAUCGGGUCGCUGGGGAACCGCUGCGCGGCGACAUCCCCAAACUCGGCCCUCUCCAGGCCCAUCUUCCCGGCCUCGAAGACGUGGCCCCUCGCGUCGCCGAGGGGGCCCUUGGCCGCCUUCCUGGUCGAUUUCUCGGGCAUCCUCUGCUACACGUCGGACAGCCGGCGUGUCGAACGGGGGAAAAAAAAGACUUUGUAGACGAGAACCCCGCCGACUUUGCCUUUUUCUUUUGAUGUGGUUCGGUUCGGGUCGGGUCGGAUGGGAAGAUUCUUUGUUUGUUUCCCUUCUCUCCUUUAUCAAGACGUUGGCGCGAGGGGUUGUUUUGGAAUACGACUCAUCUGGUCAGUGGACGUUGACCGGCUGGGCAAGUCCUCGUCGGACGAUGUGGCGGGUCGAACCUGCCCCCCUCCCCCUCUGGGUGACCCAUUCCUUCCGUCGGUGUGGUGGCUCUUAUCUCUGACACUUGGGAAAGAGUAAGAGGUUCGGC